AUGCAUCCGUUGAGAUGUGUGCUCAUCUUGACAGUUGUUCUUCUCGAACGAAAUGUUGUGAUAACAUCAGAUGAAGAUUCUGACGAGCAAGUAGACAACUGCCCAAAGGGUCACUGCAUGCAUGUUUCACUUGUCGAACUCCUUGAAAGCACUUGGGAGAUUCUUAAAAGCGAUUUAUGUGAAGGAAUCUGUCUGUGUGAAGUAUGCCACUCAGAAGAUUCAUUGGAGAAAGACCCUUGUGAGUGCAAACUGAACGGCUCAGCUCUCGAAACACGAACUGGCCAUCUUUUUGUCGACUUCGCCCAAAAAAUCUUUACUUUCUACAACAAGACAUCAAGCGAUAGUGAUGUGAUUCCAGAAUGCGCCGAAAGUUUCAAGAAGGGAACCAUAAUGGGGAAGAUUAUUUGGUUCGGUUGGCAAAUUGGCAGGUGUACGCGCACGGGAUGUCAAUAUAUGUAUUGGAGGCUCAUGUUUGGCGGUCCAAAGGAAUGUUCCUGUGAAAUUGGUGGCGAUGAAGAAAAAGAGCUCGCGUUUGCUCAUUACAUCUAUCAGACUGGACAAUCAGAAAAAUACAAGUUACCCGGCGGGACUUGUCUUGUGGGAGAGUCUCUGGAUUGCGACGCAACAAAACUCGUCAAUUUUGAGAAAAUUAUGGCCAAGAUUAUUACGACUGUUCAAGGCUUCAAUAAACUGGUGAACCAUGACGGGAACUGUAUUUGUCAAAGAGAUCCUCCUGGUUUAUGUACUUGUUGCCUCAGCUUCACACCGAUCCAACCUUGGGACAUUCUGCAAUUCGUUCUAACAAUGAUCUCUACGUGGAAAACCGCUUCGGAUGACACUCUUAGAAAGGCACUCUCACAGCAGGAGAUUCACACCAAAGGAUUUUAUUCCGAGGGAAUUCAGAUGUGCACAUGGGAUCGAGAGACCCCAAACUGCACUUUUGGAAAUAGGAUUACCAACACGCUAACG